CACGUGCUUAAAACUUGCCACUAUAACGGAAAUGAGAAGAAAGGGACGAGGAUUUGGAUACAAUUGGGGAAUAAGGGAAAACUGAUUCCACAAAGCCACGUCAGCUGAAAGCUAGAAUCAUCCAUCCACACACAAAACCCAAAGCUUUUCUUUUCUGUUCAUCUCUCCACUCUAUUUGCUUUUCGUGGCGGUGGCGAUGGCGAUGAUUGCCCAAUAAAGCUCAAACUUCCUUCGUAUUGUUAAUGGCUUCCAUCAAUCUUAAUUAUUCCUUAACGUCUCUCUCCCGUUUACGAGGGUACAAUUAUGCAAAUCCGAUUAUUACAGCAAAUGGUUGCAACCAUGUUUUGUUUUUGAAUAUUUUAUCAAGAAAGAUGCGUUUGAGUUUCAAGGGUGUUGGUAAAAUUAGAGCUGCAUUGGUGUCUGGAGAAGGGGAUGUCCUAUCUUAUCCUAAUGGUAAUGGAGUUGUUGCUGGGAAGACUGGUUUUGUCAAUGGAAUUGUUGACCAGCCGACUGGGAUUGAGAUACAACCUGAUGCUAUAGGUUUUGAAACACUUGCGGCUGAAGUAACUCCUAUGACUAGCGGUUUCUUUUCUGAUGAAUAUGACCUGGAUCGUCCUACACAAGGAUUUGCUUCCAUCCCGGAAGCCAUUGAAGAUAUUCGUCAAGGAAAGUUAGUGAUUGUUGUAGAUGAUGAAGAUAGAGAAAAUGAGGGUGAUCUGAUAAUGGCAGCAUCAUUGGCAACUCCUGAGGCCAUGGCCUUUAUUGUCAAGCAUGGAACUGGAAUUGUUUGCGUGAGCAUGAAAGCUGAAGAUUUGGAGAGGUUGGAACUACCAUUAAUGGUAACCCAGAAGGAGAAUGAGGAAAAACUUUGUACAGCUUUCACUGUCUCAGUGGAUGCAAAGCAUGGUACAACAACUGGUGUCUCUGCUCGUGAUAGGGCUACAACAGUGCUGGCUCUGGCAUCUAAGGAUUCAAAACCUGAAGAUUUCAAUCGCCCAGGUCAUAUCUUUCCCUUGAAGUACAGGGAGGGAGGGGUUCUGAAAAGAGCUGGGCACACAGAAGCUUCUGUUGAUCUUGCUGUAUUAGCUGGGCUGGAACCUGUGGCAGUUUUAUGUGAGAUUGUUGAUGAUGAUGGCUCUAUGGCUAGGUUGCCAAAACUUCGUGAAUUUGCACAGGCAGAAAAGUUGAAGAUUAUUUCUAUCGCCGAUCUAAUCAGAUAUAGGAGGAAAAGAGAUAGGCUGGUUGAGCUGGCUGCUGCUACACUGAUACCCACAAUGUGGGGCCCAUUUAAAGCAUACUGUUAUAAGUCCUUGCUAGAUGGGAUCGAGCACAUUGCGAUGGUUAAAGGUGAAAUCGGUGAUGGCCAAGAUAUUCUUGUGAGGGUACAUUCUGAGUGCCUCACAGGUGACAUAUUUGGGUCAGCCAGAUGUGACUGUGGGAACCAGCUGGCACUAGCAAUGAAGCAAAUUGAGGCAGCUGGGUUGGGUGUAUUAGUGUAUCUCCGUGGGCAUGAAGGUAGAGGGAUUGGUUUGGGCCACAAGCUCCGUGCUUAUAACCUACAAGAUGAUGGACGUGACACAGUUGAGGCCAAUGAGGAGUUGGGUUUACCUGUUGAUUCUCGGGAAUAUGGCAUUGGUGCACAGAUACUUCGAGAUCUCGGUGUUCAUACAAUGAGGCUGAUGACAAACAAUCCUGCAAAGUAUGUUGGGCUUAAAGGUUAUGGUUUGGCCAUUGCCGGCAGGGUUCCAUUAUUAACCCCAAUAACAAAGGAUAACAAAAGAUACUUGGAGACGAAACGUGCAAAAAUGGGGCAUAUUUAUGGAUCAGAUAUUAAUUCAACCAGCAACACCCCUUCUAAUGACGUAUCCGAGACAUAAUAAGCAGAUGCCUCUCCAACAAGAAAAUGGCUUGACUUGAUUUUCACAAGUCUUCUUUCGGCUUUUGCGGGCCCCACAAAAGAAAAACGUGAGUCACGAAAGCUGUCGGCUCUAAUCUAAUUAUAUGGACAAUGGGCUCAGUGUACGGAUGGGCCCCAUAUUUUUGAACUUCUUGCGGCUUUUUCAGGUAGAAGACUGCAUCUUGUCCUACGCUUUCGUAAGCAAUAAUUUUUUGUUGCUUUUUAACACGUUGCGGAGUUAAUAAGCCACGUGAUCAACUGGGAAUUUUAUUGGCCUAAAAAAAUUGCAUACUAGGUUUCAAUAUGAUCAGCUACCUGACGACUAAGUCAUGCUUCCUGCCAUGUAUCGUCAAAUAUUGGGUGGAAAAAAGGUCUUAAUAGCAAUUUAAGAAAUAUAAUUUUACUUUUUUAUAUAAUAUAAUUUUGCAUACCUGGGUAUC